AUGUUCGCUCGAUUCAAACUAGCCAAUCGUUUGUACAAGAACCAGGACUUUUCCGGAGGGGGCGCGGUUCUUCGACAGGGUUUCGGGUUACUCCCAUACAUCAUCUCGGAAGAUAGCCUGGCGAUAUGCCAGACCCUGCUCUUUGAUAUCCCGUACUGGAUGCCGACUUGGGAAAUCAUGGUUAUCUACCUACGAUACCUUACUCAUUUACUUCUGAUACGGAACCCCGAGCUACCCAUGUUUAAAAUGGCUUCGUCCAUGCUUCGACUGAGCGAACGUUUUCCUAACCAACUUUUCCCGGCCAUCAGGCAGAUAACCAACAUCAAGGCCGACCUCUACAGGGACAUUCGGGGGGAAAACGAUCUUAUAACACUCGCUGCAAGGCUGGAGUCUUUGGGCAUCGACGAAGAGAAUAGGCUGCAACGCUACAAUGAUGUGUUCGCCUCCUACAACAAGUUCCUUGACUUCGCCGUGUCUCGGUUUGGCGAAAGCUCGGAUGAGGCUAUCCAGGUUGAGAACGCACAGCUGCUCUCCUUGGAGUGGUCAAAGACUGGACUGAAAACCGCCAGUGGGCUUUGCGAAAGGCAUGCCAACCGCCCAAGACUUGCGAGUGGCACUCCCAGUAUUAUCGAUUGGAGUAUCGAGCGACUAGACCUCCUACAGCAGGCCAAGUCCAUCUUGUACAGGCUGUUGAUUAAGAGUGGAGAGUUGGAGAGCGGCAUCUCAUAUCUGAGAGAGUCGAUACAAGCGAGCGAGUGUCUGCAAUCACAGUGUGUGGACGACAGCUGGUGUCCCAGAACGACAUGCAAUCUGUGGCAGGAUCGCAAAGAACUUGCAGAUCAUUUGAGUAGCUUGGGCAGGACAGAAGAGGCCGAGGCGACGAGAAAGCUGAUCUCUCCCCCGGAAUAUGUGCGAUGGUUACUGCAAAGUGACGAAGACGAGAACCCCAUCAUUGCUGGUUGA